AUGGACCGUGUCAACGGAGAUUUGAAGAACAUUAGCAAUCGACAGAUGGAGCUAUUCGACGCCGACGAGAGCAUAGAAGAGAGGUUGGAACAGUUGGAGUCGGAUCAUGAUUCUUUGGCCAGUCAAGGAGGUCAGCACCCGGAUAUGACAGAGGAAACCACCUCGUUGGGUUCCGACACCCUGGUGGCCCUCAAGUUGCAACAGCCGUCGUCAGCCACGCAGCACAUCCCGCCCGAGGCUGAGGUCCAUCCAGGAGACACGUGCGUAGCUUCCCGUACCUCGCCAGCUCUGAGCGCCACUGAAUCCAACAUGAGCUCGAGUAGCUGCGGGGCCUGGACAGUUCAUAUCUCACUUCUGCCGACACCCUCUCAGCCCUUCCCAUUCGAAAGAGACACCAACGCCUACAAGCGCUGCUUAUCCCGGGGGCUUCAUCGGACUGUGGUAGUUGGCGGCCCUGACAGCGAGUCUUUCGUAGAGGCUGUUACAAAGUCGUUUGGUAGCCUACUCAGAGGAAGGUCCUGGAUGCCCCUACAGGCCAAGCUUUGCGACGCAGAGAAGCUCCAAGGGCUACCCAUGCUCAGACCACUAGACUCCAAACUUGUCGACAGCGAUUAUGAUCUCGGUUUCCUCAGAAAACAUUGCGGCGUCUGUGAGGCCAACGGCAAGAUCGAGUCUUUAUAUAUCGCCAUGCGCCAGGACAAGUUUUCAUGGCACUUUCUCCGAAACUCUCCGAUAUUCAUAGAAGGUCUCGAGAAUUGCUGGAUUUACGAUCAUUUCUUGGAUCCGAGCGACCCAGUUGAAGACGACCGUAUGGAAGAGCACGAUCGACCCUCAGCCGGAGAUAUCGUUCCGAGUCUCCCAAAUCUGAAGCGAGCGGCAUCCGAGAUGUCACGAACAGCCGGUUUAGCAACUGCAACGACAGGCGGCGAUUCCGAUGGAUCUCGGACUAAGACCCCGCGGACCACUUGCCUGCCUAGUAUAGUUGAAUCACGCAGACGUUUGGAAACCGUACGCGUGGCUGGCAUCCAGGACCCGUCUUUCCGAAGCAGCAGUGGUGAAUGUUGCGCGCUGCGCGCUGCACUGGCGCUGACGCCUUACUAA